AUGUCCAUAGCAAAUACGCUUCCUCCAGCAAUCGUCGUAGCAGCCAGUAGUAUAUUUAUAAUUUUACAAGCUAUUCAAAAACGAAAAAAUUAUAUUGAAAUACCAUCGGAUGAAGGUUAUGAUGAUAUAAUUGAUAGUGCACGCUUUUCAACGGUAAAAAGGGAUGUUGGUAAACUUGGAAUUGCGAUAUUGCAGACUGGAUUGUUUACUUUUUCAUUCUUUUUGAGAUUUAAACAUGGAAAUAAUUUAAAUUUUGUUACGAUAAGUCAUGGGAUUCUUGCAAUUUGUUGGUUUUAUGCACUUACAAUUUCAGCUAUUGCCUUGUCAUUGAAAUCGAGACGUUGGAGAUGGACAUUAAAUGCAUAUUUAACUGCAUUUUUUUUAAUCUCCUUUUUGUGUUCUCUUAUAGCAAUUAUAAACCUAAGUGAUUCUUAUCAAAUGGACGAAAUAAUUGAAAAAUUAACUGUAAUAUGCAACUUUAUUUUCUCUUUGGUGGCUACAUCAAUUGCUAUCACAACUCCGAUGGGUCCACCAAUACUUCAAAAUGGGAGGGCUAUUUGUGCAAUUGAGUAUUGUUCAAUAUGGGACUUUAUUAUUUUCACUCCUGCUUCUAAAUUAAUUUUAAAAGCUUUCACUCAAAAGACUUUCAAUGAUGAUGAUCUUGAUUUACUUCCAUUUGCCUAUCAAGCUAAAUCAUUAUAUAAUACUUUCAAAAAAACCAGAGGAAGUAAACUCUUAUAUCGAAUAUUGAUGGCUAAUAAACGUGUUAUAAGCCUACAACUUUUAUUCACAGUGUCGGCUGCUGUGUUAUAUUAUGUUCCAAUAACUUUUUUGUCCCGUUUUCUAUCGUUUAUUCAAACGAGAUCUGAAAAUGAAUCUUUGAAGCUUGGAUAUGUAUAUAUAUUUGGAAUGCUUGUAUCAAGUAUUAUAUUACGUUUUACUAUUGCACAAAAUUGGUAUUGGGCUGUGAAUGUACUUAUGAUUAGCGUAAAGGAGAUGCUUAAUUCUGAAAUUUAUUCAAAAAGUUUAAGACGAAUUGAUUCUCAUGUUUCAACUAUGAAAGAUGAAUCCAAUAAAUCCGAGAAUAAUUUGGAUGAUGUCGAUGAUAAUUCAUCUGUUGGCAAAAUUACUAACCUUAUGUCAAUAGAUACAAAUCGUAUUGGUGAAUUCUGUAUGUGGUGGACAAAUGCAUUUGAUAGUCCCAUAGAAUUAAUAAUUGGUCUUUAUUUUUUAUAUCAAUUAAUGGGUGUAUCUUGUUUAAUCGGUUUGUCGGUUAUGAUCAUUACACUUCCAAUUAAUCAUCAAACGGCCAAGCUAUAUGCAAAAACCCAAGACAAGCUUAUGAAUGCUAGAGAUCGUAGAGUAGAACUAAUGAAUGAAGUUUUACAAGGCAUUCGUAUGAUUAAAUUCUUUGCCUGGGAAAAUAAUUGGAAAAAUAGAGCUCGUAAAAUUGAGCUUAAUCAACUUCGAAAUAACUUUAUCUAUUUGUCCAUGUUUGAUUUAUUGUGGAUGGCUACACCUAUUUUAGUCACUAUUCUUAGUUUUUUCUUCUUCACCAAAAUUCAAAACAAUGAGCUUACAGCAGCCAUUGCCUUUACUUCGUUAGUUAUUUUCAAUGAACUUCGAUUUGCCCUUAAUGCUCUGCCUGAAACUUUUAUGGAUGGACUUCAAGCAUUGAUCAGCAUACAUAGAAUAGAGAAAUAUUUAAAUGAAGAUGAAAUCGAAAUUCUGCAUGAAAAUAAUUAUCCAUUUAUAACAUCAAUCAGUUUUGAAAAAGCAACUAUUUCAUGGAAUAAAAUUAAGGAAAAUAGUGAUGAGUUUAUUAUGCAAGAUUUGGAUUUGAAAUUUCCUGUGGAUGAAUUAAAUAUCAUUUGUGGGCCAACUGGAUCUGGGAAGACAUUAUUAUUAAUGUCACUUCUUGGAGAAACGUGCAUCAUUAGUGGCAAGAUCAACAGUCCAUGUAGUUUAACAUGUCCAAUUGAUCAAAAUAUUAAUGAAAACAAUUGGAUUCUUCCGAAUUGUACUGCUUAUGUUGCACAGCAAGUAUGGCUUCAGAAUGCUUCUAUUCGUGAUAACGUUCUUUUUUGUCUUCCUUACAAUGAAAGUCGUUAUAAUCAUGUUAUAAAAGUAUGCGCACUGGAAAAGGAUUUUCAAAUACUUGAAGAUGGUGACAUGACAGAGAUUGGUGAAAAAGGAAUUACACUAAGUGGUGGUCAGAAGAUGCGUGUCGCUUUAGCAAGGUGA